UAAAUAAAUAUAAAAAAUAUAUAUAACUUUGUAACAACUAUUUUACAAACUAAUUGCUCAUCUCUGCAUAUGACCUAUUUAUUUCAUCCCCUUUUGGAAGUGGCAUAAGCUGAAUGCAAUAUUUCAUUCCGGAGAUGUCAGUUUGUCAUUUUUCAAUAUUGUUUUGCACCCUGAAUAUUUUCUGACCUUUUCUUUCUCAGCAUUCUGCACCAAAAAUAACACCAGUAAUUAGUUUUACUUCCUUAGUCUGGCUGAAGGAAAGAAAAUGAUUGCAUUGGUUUUUCUCCUGUUAAUUUUUAAUGACCUAACUCGGUCACAUUUGGCAGUGGGGUGGAAAGCCUCAGAGAUGACCGAUUUCUGCAAGCUUCUGGAAAAGAGAUGUCUGGGUAAGGAAGGGCAAGGUCACCUCAUCAAUUCCCUUCUGGAGGGAGAACCAGGAUUCAGUUCUCAUCCCCCUGUCCAGCACAAGCUGAUGGGAAUGGCAGGAGGGGAAAAUGGCAGAGCACUCACCAUGUGUGUUUUGGACCUGGAAGAAAUGUAGGUUUACUGUGGUUGCAGGGAAAGGAGGAACAGGAGACAGCAAUUUAUGGGAAAUUAGACUUUACUAAUUCCUCUGUCCAUUAAAAAUUACUGUCCUUUUUUUCUUGCCCCUUUCUUCCAUUGUCAUAUAUUUAACAGUCAUGACUAUGAUUUUAACACAACUGAGGAAACGUAUUAAUUAUAAUUUGAUUCUUGCACAAAGCCUGAUAUAAAUCCCUCAUUUCCUUGCUUACCUUUUAACCUUUGUGUCAUCCUGUCAAAGAUUACAACCUUUUCACUAAGCUGUGUGAAAUUCCCGACUGCUGCAAGGAGAAAUUGCCAUCCUCAUUUGAGGCCUGUGGCCCCAAAAGCUGACAUUGUGCAACCUCUCUGUCUAGGUCCAGAAUAUACUUUUUUGUGACUGGCUGCCAAAUUCUUCAGUGAAACAUGCAACUACAGCUCAGAAAAGGAAACUCCUUCGCUCUGCACAAGUUUUCCUUUAACUUCUUUGUGGGGUUGUCCUGCUUGGCUGUGCCGUGCAUCUGGGAGUUGGUUUGCGGUUGUGCAAAGCUGGUGCAGCAGAAGGUGUGAUCACAGCAGGGUUAACACAGCUUCCGCGUCCAGCCCUCCCCAGGCACUUGUUAAUCAUGUUGGUGCCUUGCGGUACAGUUUGUUCUUUCCGGUGUAACCAGCAGCAAAGCAGGGUCCCGUCAAAAAAGAAGAAAUACAGGUUCCCACUGCAGCCUUACACAGCGUAGGAAUUUCCAGCUUGUACAAAUCAGCUCCCAGAUUGAAAGAAGUGAGAUAUAUAAAGCUGGAAAUGUCUGCGUAUUUUAUCUCAGAUGGUACCUUUCAGAAUUUAAUAGGAUUGUCCACCUGUCUGAAGAAACCUUUAAAUAUCCUGGAAUAUGGUGGAAGCAGUACUGAUAGAUAUGUUCAGCCUCCCAGCCAACUUGCAGAACAACAUCCAAGGAUUACUACACAACACUCUGGAAGCUAUUGAGAAAUGUUCUGCCAUCCAUGCCCCACGUGUUUAUGUCAUGUGUUGCCAGAGGCAGGGGAGUGAAAGGAAAGGUGAGCAAGAGUUCUUGCUUUCAGCUCUCAGAGGUUUUCAGAGUCUGAAGAGGAGACUGGAGGUGGUAUGUGCUCAGACUACAGCUGCUGCUUUGUACACCGUCAAACAGAGACUGGAUGAAAAUGACCUGAGCAUCAUCAAAGUUAUUCUGCCUACCUUAAGAAAAGACUUAAUGAAAGUAUAUAUAGACCACCUCUUUACAGCAGUCUACCAGUUUGAAUUUGAGGAUUUACAGGUGGUAUCUGACUGUGAAAACCUGCGGCUAUCUGAACAUCAGCAUGAAGGGCAAACGCUUCCUUCACAGGACGUGGCACUCAUCCACAGUGAGAUUCAGAUGCACUUGGAAAGCCUGCCAAGUCUGAAAGGGGAGCUCACCAUCCUCAGAUCUUCCCUGAUCCCAGAUGAUAUUUUCUUACAUGGGUUCACCACAAGGACAGGAGGGAUCUCCUAUAUACCAACUCUAAGCUCCUGCAAUCUCUUCAGCAGCUCCAAGCGGAGGGAUCCACAAGUUGUUGUUAAAGAAAAUCUCCGCCGGCUAGCUAAUGCUGCUGGAUUUAACCCCGAGGCUUUUCACAGAGUCAAGGUUGAUCACGCUAAUGCUGUGUGUAUUAUGGGAAAGACAGAGCCUGACAACUAUGAUGGAAUAGUUACGAAUCAGAAGGGUGUCACACUGGCAGCUCCAGGUGCUGACUGCAUACCCGUGCUGUUUGCUGAUCCUGUCAGAAAAGCCUGUGGUGCUGCUCAUUCUGGAUGGAAAGGCACAUUGUUAGGAGUGUCUAUGGCCACAGUGAAUGCUAUGGUAUCUGAAUAUGGCUGUAACGUGAAAGAUAUCCUUGUGGUGCUGGGCCCAUCUGUGGGACCUUGCUGCUAUAAACUUCCUCAUGAAUCAGCAAAAGAAUUUCAUAGAAUUGAUCCAAAGUGUGUGAGACUAUUUGACUCUGCAAGUCCUUAUAUUGAUAUCAGAAGAGCAACAAGGAUUCUUCUUGAGAGAGGUGGGAUCCUUCCUGAGAACAUCCAAGAUGACUCUAUCACAGACCAGAACCAAAACAUCACUUUCUGUACUGCAUGCCACCCUGAUAAAUUUUACUCUCACUUUCGUGAUGGCAAUAACUUUGGGACACAGAUUGGCUUCAUAUCAAUCAAAGACUGAGAAAGUGUCUCUUUCUCUAGAACAGCAUUUAAAUACUCUCAGGGCUGAGAGGAGAUCCACAGAAGAAUUUUGAGGGCAUGAUCUCCAAAGGACAGCAGGACUGAGUUCUCUCUCUUAUCCUUUUACGAAUGCAGCAUCAUGUCUCCAGGGCAACCUGAAUUCUGACAGUCAUGGGAGCAAGGACAUGGCAUGGAUAUUCUAUUUGAUUCCUGCAACUGAAAAGAGAUCUGAUACAAAAAUCAAUAUGUCACUAAACUAAGAGGGUUAUUUUUACAGUUAAUUUUAUAUAAAGGUACAUUUUCUCUAUUCUUGUGCAAAUGUAAUUCAGAACUGCUAACUACUGUGUUUGUUUUGUUGAUCUUUCCCCUUCUACACGUAGCAAAGGCCCAAACAAACUGAAAUAAAUAGGUUGCAACAUAAAAAUGAGGGGUGAGCCUACCAUAAAACUGAGCAUGCAUUUUAUAAGGGAGCCUGAAAACAGUGUUCAUAUUUCAAAAUGUGUAAUUUUUUGCAAUAUUUUUAAGCAGUGAAUCAUAGUUCUGGUCAAUUGAAAGUGAUUUUUCCAACAACAGCUGUCUGAAAUAAAUACCUUAUCAUUUCUCUUUGAGGCACUGAGCUCUAUCCUAAAGCAAUAUUGAAGCAUAUGUUGCAGCUAAAGGAAAGCAUUUCUGUUCUGCUUUGGUUAUCUUUCUUAGAAAUAGGUGAACGUGAUUUUCCUACACAAGAAUGAAUCACAAAAAACUCAGCUGUGAAAACAAAAUUGUGACAGGUAACUCAAACACUUUCAGUCAAUUUUAAUAUGUGCUUUUAGUAAGUGCUUCAUAAAACUAUCAUUAAAGAAAACUGGGUCAUGCAGAUGAUUUUA